CCGGGUUUUCACUGCAUAGUCGCACGGCGGGAAGCAAACAGACUGCUACUUUGUUUCACUUUUGUAAGAUUGUGCUCUAAGUCACAAUGCAAGAAAAAGAUACUCUACGUAUUUUGCUGGCUACAGACAAUCAUGUCGGUUACGCGGAGAGAGAUCCUGUCAGAGGCAACGACUCGCUUGUAACGUUUGAGGAAAUAUUAAGACACGCUGAACAUCAACAGGUGGACAUGGUUUUGUUGGGAGGAGAUUUGUUUCACGAUAACAAGCCAUCACGAAAAUCACUUCAUGGGACAAUAGAAAUUUUUCGGCGUUUUUGUAUGGGAGAUCGUCCGUGUGGCAUUCAGUUUCUAAGCAGUCCUGCUGAAAACUUUAAGCAUCAAUCGUUUCCUGAAGUCAACUACAUGAGUCCAAAUCAUAACAUCUCUAUUCCAGUGUUUUCAAUCCACGGAAAUCAUGAUGAUCCUGCAGGGGAUGGAACUCUAUCAGCUAUGGAUAUUUUGUCUGUAAACGGUUUAGUCAACUACUUCGGUCGUGUUUAUAAUGUUGAGGAUAUAGAGGUGUCACCGAUUCUGCUGCAGAAAGGCAAGACAAAGUUGGCUCUGUAUGGCAUCGGGCAUGUAAGAGACGAGAGGUUGCACAAGGCGUUUACUAAGGAGAAAGUAAAAAUGUUAAGACCAUCUAAUGAUCCAGAAAGUUGGUUCAAUAUUCUCGUUCUUCAUCAAAACAGAAGGAAACGUGGACAGGCAGACUUCAUUCCUGAACAGUAUCUUGCCGAUUUCUUGGAUCUUGUCGUAUGGGGACAUGAACAUGAUUGCCAAAUUGAUCCAGCACCUCAUGAUACUCAUCGCUUUUAUCUAAGUCAGCCUGGCUCGUCAAUUGCAACAUCACUUGCAGAGGGCGAAGCAAUAAAGAAACACAUUGCUCUGAUUGAGAUACACGAAAGAGCUUUCAAAUUUACCAAGAUCCCACUAGAUACUGUACGCACUUUUCUAUUUGAUCAUAUAUCACUUAGUAACAGUGGAAUUCAUCCAAGUCAAGAAGAUCAGAUUGUUGCAUAUCUCACAGCGAAGGUUGAUCAAAUGAUUACUGCAGCACAGGAAGAGAUAGCUGCUAGUGAAACAGAACUCAAACCUCGUCUUCCAUUAAUUCGCUUGAGGGUUGAAUACAGUGGAGGGUAUGAGGUAGUCAACCCUCUGAGGUUUGGUCAGAUAUAUGUGAAUCGUGUUGCAAACCCGAGGGAACUGCUUAAUUUCUACAGACAAAAACGUACCUAUGCAUCUAAACGAGGAGACAAUGAUGUAGAUGGCAGUGGAAUAAUGCAAGAACGGCCUAGGGCAGUAGAAACAACCACAGUCACUGACUUCAUUGAACUGAAAGAGAGAGACAAGAUGGGUAUAUUGUCGGAAUACAUGAUGAAAGAGGCAGUGUCUGCAUAUGUAGACAAAGAUGAACGGGAAGCUAUUAUAGAGUUUGUAACGUAUUCAGUCCAGUCAACACAAGAGUACCUGAAGAAAAACCGUGCUACGGAAGAAAGCAUUGUUCAACAACUGGCUAUGAGAAAGAAGCACUUGCAACGAGAUGAAGAGGAGAAACUAGCUUCAGAGGCUUUAAAACGUGCGCAAGAGAAGAGGCAAUCAGGAGCAGUUGAAGUGGAAACCAAACAAAGUGAUGAUAAUGAUAGUGAUGAGGCAGGUGCACCUGUUGGUAGCGCUGCUAGUGGUCGAGGAUCUCGUAGUCGUGGGAGACCAAGAGGAAGUCGAAGUGCAGCAGGUCAGAAGGGAGCAGGAAGGGGAAGGGGACGAGGACGAGGAAGAGGAAAGGGGCAAGGGUCAUCAAGUAAUGUUCGACUGUCAUCUGACGUUGUCCACGUGUCAGAUUCUGAUGAAGAAAUUCAACAAAUUUCUGCCUCGUUUAGUGCAGCUAGAAGUAGCAGCAGGUCGACGCCAUCUUGGUCACAAAUAGAGAAGGGCAGUAGGAAACGAGGAGCCAUUGCAUACGUGGUGGGCAUUCUGGUGAUUUUGAUAUUUGUGAGAUGUGAGCCAAAAGGAAGAAAUGAUUUAGCUGAAACGGAUUCACCUGAUUGAAAUGAGUUGUAGAUUAUCGUUGAAACAGAAGCUGAGCAACGUUUUAGAUGUGAGAUUGUUAUAUUUUGCUUUAAUUAAUACGUUUAAUAAUUAAAAAAUAGAAAUUCAAAUUGUUUUGUUGAGUUUGGUCAUUUAUGAGGUAUAAACUGAAAUUUCUAACUACAUUGUAGAAUCUAUUGUCAAUACAAUUGUUCAUUCUGAAAUUGUACAGCACAGUA